AAUUCCAGUCAACUCGUCAUCUUCUACGCCCUCUCUCUCUCUUUCUCUCUUCUCCAGUCUCCACGGCUGUGUCUCGGUCUUCCAUGGCGACUUGGCUCCACCGCUCCAGUGACCAAUUAAUAGGGGAGAGAUCCUGAGGUGCUACCCAUAUCAUAUCACUCUCUUUCUAAACUACUGCACUUGAAGAGGUGAAAGAACCUUAAUUUCCUACAAAAUGGCACAGCAACAGCAUUCACCAAUCCCAGCUUUUGGCAACUGGGAAAGUGAAGGAGAUGUCCCGUACACAGUCUAUUUCGAAAAUACUAGAAAAACUAAAAAGGGUUCCAAGAUGAAUCCUAAAAAUCUGCAAGAAGAUUCUGAAGCAGAACCUAAAGGUCAUAAGAGAGUGGAUGCUAGAUCAACCGGCUCACCUCAUCAUCAACAUGGCGUAAAAUUGCAAAAUGAGAAAUUAGAAUCCGAACAAAAGGGACAAGAGGCGUUGCAACCAAGGCAUGCACGGCAGCUGAAUCAAGAUGAAGGAUACUUGAGAAAUACCGAUUCUUCCCUUCGUAAUGCAAAUGCUGCAAGAAAAACUCCUUUUGAGUCGCCUCAACAUCUUUAUGGGGGCUUAAGUGCUGGUGAAACCACAAAGAAAGCCUCCCGUCAGAGUAUGGGGUCUGACCACAGCAAUGAACAUUCACCACUGCACCCUCAUUUCCAUGUAAGGACUGGAGUGAAAGGAGGUGGAGUUUCCUCUCCUUCGUGGGAACGAAAGGGUUCAUCUGAAGGUGGCCAUGGUGUACCUCCCUUCACCCCUGGAAGAUCCCGGUUGAGAUCAAUUACAAAAGAUGAUGACACGCCUGAUCAUGGUCCUGCUGUUCCCAAAUUUGGUGAUUGGGAUGAAACCGAUCCUGCAUCAGCAGAAGAGUAUACUCAAGUAUUUGAGAAGGUACGAGAGGAAAAGCAGAGUGGGGCAGAAAAGGUACCUAGUAUGCCAACUGAACCAUCUUAUUCAAACAGUGAGAAGCGAUAUGGAAAUGGAAAUAGUAAGGGGUGUUCAUGCUUUUCGUGGAUUAGAGGCUAAGGUGAUAAAGCUCCUAAUGGAAGAAUAGACGUAAUGUGAUCCAUGUAUACUGCAUAUCAGUAUUUCGCUUGGAAGUUUGGGUUUUGUGUAUGGCUAGCUUUCAAGUGCAAGCAUUCUUUCCUUUGUCCACCAUACCCAUUAUGGCUUCAUCUUUUGAACUAGGUACUAGAAUCUUGUAAUGUUGUGAGGGGUAUUUUAUAUGUGAAUUCAUUUACUUCACCUCAAUAAAUUUUAUUCUUUGUAUCAUUAGUGUAAAAUUUGGAAAUAGAAUAAUAUGUAACUGUACAAAUGUUGUUGGUAUAUUUAUGCUCUUUUUUCUUGGUGUAGA